GGACGGCGCAGAGUCGACGACUCGGUCAGCUCGAGUUAAUACAGAUCCAUAUUGCGACCCGCUUUGGUGAUUAUCAUAAGUACGAUUGCGACAGGAACUGUUCGAGAAGUUGUGGCAGUAGGAGUGUAGCAAUAAUAGUAGAAGUCGCAAACGACAGGAGCGAGACUGAAGUGAAUUAACGGAGAACCGAUCAGAUAACGAGCAGCGACACCGACGGCAAACGACCGAAUGAACGCAUUACUGAACGACGGCGGCGGCUGCAGCAGCGGCAGCGACUGAAGCAGCAGAAGGAUAGCUGGUGACGGCGGCGACGAUGAUGAUGACGACGACAACAACAGCAGCAGCAGCAGCAGCAGCAGCAGAGGGAGUUGCUGCUGCUGCAAAACGCCGUAAGGGGCGUGAGACGGCUGUCGACGGUUGUUAGUUGCUGACCCAUUGAAUAGCACUUAGCGUAGCUGCCGCUAUUAGACUGCCACUUCAAUGAUCAACCAUAGCAGAUAGAUAGAUCGCUUUUUAUUGUGAAGAUGGCGCGCAUGGGCCGUAGGGACGAUUGUGUUGUUUGUCUUAAAGUUGGUUUAGCGAAAUAUUAGUAUUAGCAGUGAUAUUGUUCACACGAAGCGAACUUUAUCCGGGAGACGCAGCGAACGCUGCUGGCGUUGUUGCCGCUUUCUUUUGGCCAGAGAUUGUGAGUGGUCAGAGGUUGACCAACGGUAGAAUCACCGAAGCUGGAAAAAUGGUUUAAAUCACACUUUCAAAAGAGUGGUCCGGGUUCGAUUAACAAGCUGUUACCAUGGGUCUGUCAUGAAAAUACGGCAGACGGUACGUUGAAUCUGUAGAAGUUAUCUAGCCGCUCAAUAGCAGAGAGUCAUCUUAUUUGAGAAAGAGGAAGCAAUGCAAUAGGUAGCUACUGGCCUUCUUCUGACGUAUAUUCCGCGUUAACAGGUGUAAGGCUUCAGUAAGCUUACAGUGGAUAUGUAAGCGUAUCCAUAGGGUCGUAUAUAUUCGUGUCGGCGCUUGAAACCGGACUGUUCAGCUGGCCUUUGGGUCUUCUUUGUUGUUGCCAAGCUAUAGCUCCAUAACUGGUACGUUGCUAAGGUCGUAGAGCAACAGGCGCCUGCGUUCUCAGUGAAGAUCAGUGUUCACUCAAACGAUGCUUGUAUUUGGGCAACAAUACUAUCAAAUGUUGUGGUCCGCUAAAUCUGUGCUUUGAUGAGUCAAACUCUAGCUCCGACUCAUCAGCUUAAACAUCUGUGUGCACCUAUGAUGUAUCUGUCACUUGCUAAAAACUGAAAUUGUGAAACGGGAGUAUAAGGACGUCAAAGCGUACGAAUUUUGGAUAGUGUGUGAUGCCGACUAGUGGAACUUUACCGGUGGUGAUCCAGUGCCCCGUAUCAUAUUGGCAUAGUUUGCUGUUCUACCGCGAAAGCGCGCGACAAGCCCGUUUAAUUAGCGAGAACCGUUCGGUUGGUAUUGUGAUGAGCAACAUACUAUCAGGCUCCGAUCGCGCUUCCUGCCAUCGCGGACAAAUCGCGAGAAGUUUUUUUUGCUUCGAACUCACCUAGUAGCGGCAGCAGUAGUUAUCGCGGUUCUUUAGACUUUCACUUAGGUCACGUACGUUUCGCAUGUGAUAGGACCUCCAGUUAGAACCUCAUCACUUAUGACACGUUUAAGCUGCGUGUUAUUUGACAAAUUUUGUACACUGUGCAGGCCGCCGCUUUCGGCCCGUAUCCUGAAGACGACAUAUGGAGAGCAAAGAGGCCCUGAGUUGCUGGAAUUCAUAUCGACUGGAAUAUUGUUAAGAUGUCUGAUGCUCGCAAAACAUUUGCGUGCACGCAAUUCCUUAAAGCUGCGCACAAGCACAACAGCAAGACGACCUCUAACUAAUGGAUACCGCUAUGAAUGGUCGAUCCGUCGGUCCUUCGAGUCGUGUUUCAAGUAGUGUUCAUUCUUGUGCUUCAUGACACGGAUGUACGCGUGCGUGUUUAUGGAUGAAUUACUGCUUGCGUCUGCAUCCGCAAUCUCUGCAUUGCCCGCGGAACGUCGCAGCUUCCCGUAUGUGGAAGCUGUUAUGGAUACAACCGAUGGAUAUGGGCCUUUCGUUAGCCAAAAUCAAAACCCGGUAGAUGUUUUGAUUCCGCUUCAUAUGGCGGCCCAAGGACCUGUGCCUCAAGAUAGUUUGCUGCUGGGAGGAAACGGGGAUAGUUCAAAACCAAAUUCAACUAACUCCGCCGGCUUAGGCGUCCUUAGCAAUAUUGGGUCAAGCAGUGGCCUAAUUCUCUCAACCGUCACCUCAUCUUCGAACCCUCUGCGCGGUUUCGGUCUCACAGCAUUAGACAACUCGACGUCCUCAACAAAUUCAAUAACAAACCCGACUUCGCACCACACCUUCAGCAACAAAUCCACAUCUUUGUUACCAUUUUCAUUGUUAACAGCGAGUGGCCAUCGCCAUUGGUCAACACCUCAGCAGCAGCAACGGCAAAUUUAUCACAGCCAACACGGAGGAGGAGAAGGAGGGACGCCGCAUCAUCUACAACAACAACAGCAACUGCAGCAUCACGAAUUCGAUCGGAUUGUCCACCAAUGCCAUAACCUGCAGCAGCAGCAGCAGCAGCAGCAGCAGCUGGCCAGCGGUAAUAAUAGCACUGCUACUGCUGGCCACCCUUUGGCAGAUCGUGCCAGUGGCGGAUUCCAUCAGGCCCAUAGUGUACUGCCCAACGCUUCUAUCCAUCAUUACGUUCGUCAGCAGCAUUGUCUUCAGUCAAACAGCCUCCAGAAUCAACGUGGACACCAUCAUCAUUCGCAGCAGCGGGUAGACCAUCAUCGGGAGGAAGACUUGGUAGGCGGGAGAAUUUUUUACGAAGGUGGAAGGGCAACAGGUGGUAGCAGUUUCUACCAGCUGGUCGCACCAGCGGCGCAAAUGGUGCACCCAAGCCACGCGGAUAAUGCCCCGGGCAAUGGACCUUCAACACAACAGCAACAAAACAGUAGUUCUACAGCGCCCCUAAUGACAACAACUUCCGCCGCAAUGGCGCUGUCACAGAACAUUCAGUUGGAAACGUCGAGCUACGUCGGAUCUCCGGAAUCCGGUAGUGCGCUCACAAGCGCUACUGGCUUGGAUCCUUCGUCCGUCGGAAACCAAUGUACACUUUCUUCAUCAGACCUUCAAGAGGGAUCAAGCACAGUUGGUGUACUUGGCGGUUGGAGUGUCAAUGUCACGUCACCGCGAGAUCAUUCAUUUACCCUAAAUUCUCAGAUAAUCACCACACAAAAUAAUCACAAUCUCACAAUUGAAAAUAGACUCAUUUCUGAGGAUUCGUUGUACUCGACGCUGGGACCUGAUCUCACCGGAAGUUUUUCUUCUACGGACAUCCUGGAAUAUCUCCCUGGUAUUCCCAUACCCUGCUCGCUAGAAGAUUCCAAGAGGUCGUCUGAUCCGUCAGACAGUCAGGGCCUCAUGUGGGAACUUGAACCAGACGAAGUCGAAGGGCAUCGAGGAGAGGCCUCCCUUGGGGGACUCAGCAAGAUCGGUGAAGAGCCCGACAAACUCUGGUCUAGUGUACCUGGUGUAUCGCAACAACUGCCAAUGGAAUUUGACGUGAAUUCAGUGUUCAAAACGGAUAUCAAGUCAGAAUCGCUGGCAGAGCCGACGCUUGCCGAGUUAAACGCUAACGAGGAUGAGGAUCAGAUUCUUGAAGGUUUUGAUGUAUCCAGUUUUUUUAUGGACAGCCAUGAUCACGACAAGCCUAUGACGGUAACUACAAGUAGUAAUCUCUCUAAUUCGUCCCCCAUCUCGAUGACUUCUGGAAAUGGCGGAAAAAACUUGGACAUGUUUGGGCAACACCUGACAAGUUCCCAGCUUUCAACAGUUCAGGAUAUCAAGAUGGAGCCGACCACAGUACUCGGGUCAUCAGCAUCGCGGGCUGACAGCGGUGGUGGUCCUUUGUUCGCAGACUUGAUGGCCGGGACUUCUUCUUCUUCUGGACUACACACAUUGUCACCGCCCUCCAGUAGCCAAAUGGCCGCACCAUUAUCAAAGGAUCAAGGUGGAGUUCAGGCUGGUCCUGGCGCCUCAUCAAGUGGCACGUUGCCCGGAUUCCUUAACCCGUUGCCGCCAUCAGUCUACGCUCUUCCACUCAGUUCAAGUUUUCCCUCGACGAGCAGUGGAAUUCCCGGCAAACAACAUCUCGGCGGGGGCAAGGCAGCGUCCCGUAGUUUCCUUCAUCCCAGCCGUGUUAGUCCCUCCCAUUCGCCAGCUAGAAAAAGUCCGCUCGGUCUGGCUGGUCCCGGCGGGGGCAAGCCAAAGGGCUCUUUGCUGGCGGAUCGUCUAAGUACGUCUGCGCCGUCGACGAAUGCCGUGGUAGAGCAGAUGUGGAAAGCGCGGAAAGCUGAGGUACAGCGCACGGGUCGUCUUCGCCACGGCUCGACUGACACCACUCUUUCGCAACUAAGUUCUGUUCAACUUACGAUGGACGAGGGCUUCAGCUCUCAGGCGGACGAAGAAGAUGACUCCGACAAUGACGAUCAUUCAUCGGGAGACGACUCUGGUGGAAGUGACGCUGAACAGGAUGGCGUGCGUUCGCCGCUGUCACCAGCGUCUCUGAACUCCGAUGAGCCCAGCAUUUUUGCUGGGUCUAGCAAAAAAAAAGGGAAGUACUUCUGGCAGUAUAACGUUCAAGCUAAAGGGCCCAAAGGACCCCGGAUGAAAGUCACCAAUGUUCCGGCCGACCCACACGUUCUUGCGGACGUAACCGAUCCUGUGUUCAGCCCCGAUUGCCAGCUCGAAGGUGUAAAACACGCAGGUAAAGCACGCCGAGGCGAUGGCAAUGACCUGACGCCAAAUGCCAAUAAGUUGUACAACAUCGGGGUAGAACUCAAGAAGCUCAAUAGGGUUAUUAAUGAAUUAACACCGCCAACUGAUGUUCCGUUCAACGCGCGUAACAAAUCCCGCAAGGAGAAGAACAAACUUGCUUCCAGAGCAUGCCGACUCAAGAAGAAAGCACAGCACGAAGCUAACAAACUGAAACUCUACGGCCUUCAACAAGAGCAUAAACGGCUCCUCGAGACAACUGUGAAAAUGAGGCAGUUAUGCACCGUGAAGGCGCAAGGCCUAGUAAAUCCUGAGGAGCAAAAACAAACACUCGAUGCGAUCAUUCACGAGGCUGAUUCGCACCGUGUAGCAGGUCACUCGGCAGACUAUGUCAACAGAAUUUUACGUAACGUUGCCGCCGGGGUUCCGCGUGGCGGUAUUGACCUUUGAGGAAUUCGAGAGGUAGCAAUGAACACCGUAACUACCAGCAUCAAGCUGCAAGAGAAACGUCAUUACGAUAAAAACAACUCGGUCCUUACUUUUUUAACUUAUGAACGACAAAACUUGCCACACAGUAAUCAUCAAUAUCAUCGACAGGUAGUAAGCCAAAUGCAAUCUCUCUGAGGUUUGUUCUUGUACGGUACAUCGAGGAUCAACAAGGCGUGCAUAUUGUUACGUACACAAAAACAACGAUUUCCCCCAAUAGAACCGCAAUCAUCAGUGACUCGACACGAAAACAAGCGCAUAGAGAAGUUAUGACAGAGAUCUAUGUUGCAACGAGUCGUGUAACCUUGUGGGCGAUGAUCAUCAUGUAGCCGCCAGGCUCUCGAAAAGAGUUUUUAUCAAACACUUGGCAGCAGAAAGCCGAUUAGCCACAUGCAGAUGGUGCAUCUAUACUGAAGGCUUGCAGAUAUACACCUUUAUAGAUUGACACGUACACAUACACAGUUAUAGAUAUCAAUGAUUGACUCGAUCAAUUGCACGAAUGUUUAGCUGGCCAGUACCUGUCUAAGUAACUUAUUUGUCCUACAAGUUAAGGUCGUCCUUCCAGGUUACGUCAUAUUUUCGCCUACUUUAACAAGGACAACGAAUGACGUGUCAAUUAUCGCUUGGCUUUUGUUUUUCUAUUGUUAAAUUAUUUAAAAAUUAAUAAUUGUGUGUUGAAUAUUUAAAAUGUGUGCUGUUUGACCCAAUUCGAGACCCAUGUAAGCUGAAAUCAAAGUUCAACCUGUAUUUGCAAAGCUAUCCCUUUCAGAGGCCAGCUUGACUAGAAACAGCCUCUGACAGGGAACUAACGACUAAUUCUAACGAAUGAAAGAGAACCUCUAUUCGGCAAUGGGCUUACAUUGAGUAAUAGGUCGACAUCAAUCAAGUUAGGUAGGUACACCUUCAGGUAGCGUUUUCUCCAUUUUGCGCGUUCUUUAUGUAAUAUUACGCGUAGUUAUGACUCUUGUCAACGUAUCAGCGUUGCGUCAUGUAGGCCAGUAUCUCGCAUACGUAGGAUGUACUAAAUCUGAGAACAUAAGGCGUUAUGGCCUAUUAUUUUCCGUCGAAAGCAGCUGAUCGAAAGCUGAGGAGUUCCUAGAACAUGGAACAAUGCUCCUGAACCUAUAUAAUUUUAUCCGGAGUAGCGCGUAAGUAACGACACUUUUUCAGAUCCACUUGACGUCCUUCAAAAGCGUCAGCUGAUCUAAAUUUUUCACGUUUGCACUGUUGUAUGCAAAUCAUCAUUUCCCAAUUUAGUCAAUGGUAUAAUGAGAAGCAAUUUCCUGUUCAUGUUUUAGCUUUGUUGCUGUGAAGUUUUCAUGCUGUUCUAAUCUGUUAUGCGAUAAUAUUUAUAGAAGGCUGCGCUGUUUCUGAAGUGCUUAGGAUAACGGAAAAAUACUAUAGUUAUCUCAAAGAUAAGAAGAGUGAUGGAUGAUACUAAUAUUCAACCUAGUAGCUUGGUAGAGACGGGAACGACGCCAAUGACGUAUUGGUCGCAUGAACGAGUUUCACGUCCGCUCUAAGAGAUAACGUUACGUGAACAUCGCUGUCGAAGGGUUUUCAUUGGGAUUUGUAAAAUUAGGACAUCACUAACGGCUAGGAGAAAAAAUACGCGCUUAUUUAGCAAAAAUAUUGUCUAUAUCUUGUGUCUGUGCACAUGUCCUAUGCAGUAGACGGUAGGAAUAACCGAUAGUCGGAAGAGAAUUAUCUGUUAGAUACAGGACAGGGCUUUUCAACUUUUCUUAGCUUAUAUCAAGGAACUGCGGCCCUACACUUAUUCCAUCCGAUAAGUUUGCGUAAGCAUAUAUUCUUUCAAGCCAGAUCUAUUACGAAAAUGGUAUCUUUGGCAAAUGAUCCCAAUUUGACUGGGUAACCGAACUCCUAUAUACUUGUUGAAAUCCUUCGGUAGGCUGGAAAUUAGGUUAAAAUAGACUAAAUUCGACACGAUACGCUGCUAAGGCGAAAUUUCUUUCAUUCGUUGUUGAGUAUGUUUUUGCAUAGUGUAUAGCAAACCAAGCUUAAGCAAGCACCGAGAACAGGUAAAAAUAUAGUAGGUAAUACGCUGAGAAGCCUGAGUAACACAAAUUACGCUUGUUAUUAUGUAUUUAAAUUAAUUUCACAAAUUGCUUUUCGCAAAAAAGAGGACAAACGGUGGCCACAACUGUAUCGGGGGUAGCAUAUAUUGAACCUACCUAUUUAAUCUAUAUAUACUGCGUGGCUGUUAGUUCAAGUCAGGUGUGAUAUAAUGUGUCUCAGAUUGCCAUCUUCUUUAGCAUACGAUAUAUAUAUAUGAUUCGAACAAUCUAAAUGUCCUCAUGAGCCAACCUUCUAAAUGAUCUUACGUGGCGUCCAUGUGUAGAUAUUUUUCAUUUGUCUAUAUACGUCAAGGCUCAUGUUUGCUAACUUAUUGAACUUAUUAGAGUAAUAAUGCAGACCAGUUUUCUUUUUAUUUUCCGUACUGGCUAAGGCACCGAAAAUAUAUUACUAGCUAAUAAAUUAACUCGUAAAAGCAGCAACCCGGUAACACUAUGGUUUGCGGAAUAAACAAAAUACUCCAGUGUAAAUAUUGAUUUAUCGCUCAAAUAAUGAAGUGACAUUUACUAUAGUCGUACUUAUAUGGCACACGGGAGGUUCCAUUAUCUAACUAUAACAUGAGUAGUAUCCAUUUUUAGGACCAGGAGAAACAGUCUUUGCUCGGAAGUUAUGGCCUUACCAAUGAAUAACAUUGAUAUUGUAUGAUAUAGUAAAAGUUAUGUGAUAGAAAACACUAACUAGUGCUUGUUUAUCACAAUGAAUAUUUUGUCUAUUGUUGGCUAAGAUGCCUUAGUUGAAGGGCUGGAAAAUGUUGUAUUUGUGAGAUAGAUGCACGAGGUGCAAUUAGUUCUUACCCAUCUCAAAAUUUUGAUAACGGUAAAAUGGCGCCACACCGCGUUAUAAAACGUAGGCACCUCUCGGGAAAGUAUUAAUGAACAGCCAUGUUGAUUACGCCGACACUUCUAGGCAGCCGAUUUUGUACCAUCAUCUCGUUUAGGAUCAAAUUAAAUACGACAUCUGCGUCUGCUAAUCAAAAAAAAAAAAAAAAAACCAAAUUAAAUAUGAGGUAAACUGUGAAAAAAUGGUUUGAAUCAUACGUUACAAAAAAAAACGCUUUCUGUUUAUAAAAGAGCAAAAGUUACUACGUGCGUGUCUAGCUUAUGCUUGAAUAAGUAAACGUUGUCCAAUUGCUCAUUCGAGGCAUUUCGUACCAGCGGUUUUAUUCGAACGGGGUUUUCUGUGUAAAUGCACACAGAAAGUGCGUCUGUCUAUACGCCUGUAAAUGAUACGUCGUUCCAUAUUUUAGUGCUCGAUCAAUACUUACUGAAAAAGAAACAACAUCGAGCGAUAUACAAACACACAUGUACAUAUAUAUAACACAAAAUGAGUUCACGGAUCCUUGCCUGUGAAAUGCGUGGAUCUGUUCACUUAUUUCCUUCGCCUCCCGUUGUACUUGUACAUAGAUAUAUGUACUUCUAUAUAUUCAUCAAUAUGAAUGCAUAUAUCAGUAGAAGAUGGUACGAAGAUGCGUUAAUCUAUCUAUAGAACUUGUCUCAGAAACUAGUAAGAGAGAAAAUUAUAUAUAUAAAAAUAACAUUACGUCUACUACUGAUCCUCUGCUGAAGAGACUUGUAUACGGAUCAAAUAGACCAAUUCAGUACGUUGCCUGUUGUUGUUUGCAAGUAGUUACCUGGAGCAGCGAUGGACAGUUUUAAGUAAAGCUCAAGCACUUCGACACAUGUUAGUAGCCUUCAGAAUACCGCAACUGUCCAUGAUACAAACUGUAAACAAAACAACCUGUUAUGUAAUAGGCCACGAGACAACUGCUAGCCGGUCAGUGAUGAUUGCAUGCUCUUCAGCUUGUAAAAUAAGAGUAAUGCGCAUUACCAGUUCUAUUAUAUAUAUAUAUAUAUAUAUAUAUAUAUAUAUAUAUAUAUAUACAUAUGAAUGUUCAACAAUAGCAACAAGAUGAGUUACCCAGUCGUAUUAAACCACAGUAGUAGAGUAAAUGUCGCCCUUCCUCACGGGUAAAAGAAGGGAGUGACAAAAAAAAAAGUAAUAAAAGAAGGAAGGAGAACUAUUUGUUGAUCCCUCUCUAAUGGUUGUACAUUUCAAUGGCGUAUCUAUAUGCACAAGCUUACAUUUCAUGGCCUAUUGACGACACGAGUAGCGCUCUUCAAAAUGAUGCUGUUAGCAGUCAUGUGAAGAAGCUUCGUGUGGUCUUCUUGAUAAUAAUUUCGUAAUACGGUUGUUCUAUUUCGUAUUGAUAUACCAUGAAAAACGAAACAAGUUAAGAGGUUUAGCAAAAAACGUUGUUCGUUCGUAACUUUUUAUGAGUCGGCCGUACAUAGAAUAAAAGCCAAAUGACAGUGAAGUUGAGUAAUAAUGCCGCUAUUAGAUGACAUGGAGGGAUCUGCGUAUACUUGCGUGUGCAAGGUAUUUUUUAAUUAGGUAAAGGGUCAUACCGAUACGAUUUAAUUUUGAACAGAGAGUGACAAAGAUAUGUGGACGUCGCUUCCUUUGCGUGAUGGAUUGAUAGCCUCCGUCAAAUCCUCACCGUUGGACUGAUAGGAAGGUGAAGCUGAUUGGUCGUUCCAAAAUAGUGGUAAUGAAUUUCAAUUAGUCUAGUGUAUCAAACUGUGAAAAAUAAAUUUAAUUUUUUUGUACAAGCUAUACAUGAUGAGCUUCAGAGCCAGAGAAUCACGUUCUAUGCGGGUGUCAUAGAAGUUGAAGGCGCAAAAAGACGCUUUAUAUAUACGUAUAUAUACAUGGAUGUUGUUAGCUUUUGCCUUGACUUAUAUAGCCGUGCGGUUGAGCAGAUUGA